AUGAACAGCUAUGUGCAGGCACUGGCUUGGGCCAUUGAUGAUGGUCGGGCGCUGCACUUUGACCUACUGGGGCGCGGGGCUCACUUCUUUCGUACACUUCUAGUACAAACUCGAUCGGAGCCCGUCCUGCUGGUCCAGGAUCUCAUGUGGAACACGAUCAUUACUGGGUGGCAGGACAGACACCGACAACAUGACGUGGUGGAGUUCGCAUCUUUCAUCAAUGACAAACAUAAGCUACCACUUGUGGAAGGUACAUGGGAGGCUCGAACUUUUCUCCAUGGGGAGGGGCUCAUCAAGGACACGGGGCACAGUGCUCAGCCAUUGCUGUUACAUAUGAUCAGCGCGCCGCCGGGGCUCGCGCCUAUCUGCCAGGUACAGUCUUUGGUGGAUUCAUGGCAUGCACAAGAAGAUGUACAUGCGUUCACGGUGCUACCCCCAGUGCUGAUGCUACAGCUUGGUCGUUUUCACAAUGCGGAUGGACGUAUCAACAAGCUGCACACACAUGUGGAAGUGGAUGAGGAACUCUGGAUUCCACUUUUCAAUGGUGCGGGCAUACAGGACACUACCAAGUGCUACUACGCUCUGAGUGGGGAUUCUGGAGCUGCGACGACAAUAGACCGGCGUUUUCGUGCAGUGAAACACCGGACAUGA